AUGGAAGUGGAGAGCAAGCAGAAAGUGCUCGCAAUGAUGAGGAUGAACGGUGCGGGACAGGUGAGUUACGCCGUAAACGGAUUCUGCGUCAGUCUGAGUCAGACAGACGCUACAACUCUAUUGUAGACUUACAAUUUCUGAUGUUCUGUUUCGGAUUGUGUGUGUAGCAAGAACUAUAAAUGACACACCUUGAAAAUUGAAACAAACAGCUGAUAAUAGUACAUUCGAUUGUCAGAACCUUGAACAAACAAAUCCGAGACGUUCUCUGAUCAUUGUUCCAGCUCACCGGCUACUCCUUCGACACCCCGUCAACGUCUUCCAAUUCUUACAUGAAACCGUCUCCACCGUCCUCUUCUUCUCCUUCUGCGACUGAAAAGAAAGAGUGUGCCGUGUGCAAGAACCCGAAUUCGAGUGGAUAUCACUUCGGAUGCAUCGCCUGCGCCGCCUGCUCCGCCUUCUUCCGUCGCACCGUCGUCCUUUCCCGCAAGUAUUACUGUAGACGUGACCCCAUCGGCAAUUCGUUGUGUCCAUUGGACAGAAGUGAGUUUUCCUCGGGUUACUGUAGCUUCACUUCUCUCGUCCAAUCCAAUUUCGUGUUUGGCGUUCCGGCAAAGUGCACAAUGUACGUGUUGCGAUUCCUAUUUUCAGUUUCCAAUAUAUUCCCAUUCUCUUUUCCACCCUCCUCUCGUUUCCAUUCAACAUCCAAUUUCAAUAGAACGCCUACAGUAUCCAUUCGGUUCUUUCCUAUUUUCUCCCGAGACCAGACUGUUGCCAAUUUGCCAGACAGAGAAUGAUAACAAAAAGAGAAAGUGGCUUAUCAUUUCGCGUGUGCGUACUCGGAAUACCAUGAUCUGUCUGCUCUUUUUCAGGACACCGCUCGAACUGCCGAGCGUGUCGAUACGUGCGAUGCAUCGAUAUGGGAAUGAAUCCGAGCAGUGAGCACGCCUUCUCUCACUCAAUCUUCACGAAGACAGACUUUUCAGGCGUACAGAAUCUGCGCGACUCCAUAAAACCACGGUCUCCGGGCGAAAUGAUCGAGGAGGAAGAGGAGCGGAAGGAGAAAAUGGACGACAUUCUAUUCUCGGCGGCCACUCCUGGCAGCUGGAUUUCCAGCACGAGCACAAGUACGGAAACCCUUCCAGUUGCUCCGAAAGGUACCCCUCCGCUUCGUUUCGGUUCUUUCCUUUCGAUCCUCUCCCGCCUGUCUCACUUCGUUCCAUUCUGUUUGCUUUCCAGAAAUCCCCGGCGAAAACUACAUUGAAAUCCUACUGGCGCUCUACAAAAACUCUGUGGACCGUCGGCGCAUGUUCUACAGCAACGGGAGCCUGCGAGAAAUGCUCGGGGGCUCUGGCUUAGUAAUAAUAGUACUAACAGUCGUUCACUUCAUCAGCUAGCCUUCCUUUCAGAAGAUGAGACCGACGCGGUUCGACGAGCGAUACUACAAAGAGAGGAUGCGAUUCGAGUUGGUGCUCUACGUGGAGAUGAUGAACACGAUGAGCAUCUUCCGGCAGAUGGAUCUCGACACGAAAGAGUGCCUCGUCAGGGGCUGUGCCGUGCAUUUGGCCAUGCUUGAGAAGUACUUCAUUUCCGUGAAAUACGAUGGAUUGAAAUCGCAAAAGUAUUCGGAGCACCAUCUGAUUCCCUCCUAGUCCCUCAGUUUCAGACUUAUAGCCCCCGAUGGCUCAUUCACCGACCUCGGGGACCACGGAGCACAGUUCGACGACGACGGAUUCGAUGAGAAGUUGAUGGACAAGGACACUUGUUUGAAACUGCUCUAUGACCCUUUGAAAGUUGUACUCAAUGACUUUGGCGCGGCUUUGGAGCACUCUAAAAUGACAGACGCUGAAUUCUGUGCCCUGUUUGCAAUCAUGUUGUUUAACCCAGGUUUGUGCCCAGGAGGUGUCAAUCGAAAGGGCACGUUUCAGCCGCUGAUAACCUAUCGGAGGCCAGUCGGAAUGCGGUCAUGAUGGCCAGAAACCGAGUGCUCAAGGAUUGGUUCGAGUUUUAUUCAAAACAGGGAAAAGCGUCAGAAGAGGUGGGGGCGAUUCUGAAGUCGGAGAGGAAAUGAGAAGAGGUUCAGGCGGGACUGCUGGUCGGGAACACUCUGCUCCUUCUGACGGCUGUCCGGAAUGCGUUGGCCACGCACAGAGAGAACUUCCACGUCAUCCGAGUGUUCAAUGUGAUGGAGUACGAUAAACUAAUCGACGAUCUCGCUUUUAUUUAG